AUGUCCGAUGAAAACGACAAGAAUACCAACCAAAACACAAAUGAUAUCUACAACUGCGACAUUGAAGAUAUAUCGAAUUCCUCAUGGGGUUAUAUGCUAAGGAACUCAUCAAUUCAUGCCAUUCAACCUUUAACAACAGAUCCUUCUCAUUUCCCUCAAUCCCACGUGUAUUCCUAUUUACAUGCCCAAUUGGGUAGACAAACACCAACACAUGAAAUCGACUACACUUUGAUUCAGAAUUCAAACUCGAAAAUACUGGAUACCAGUCAAAAUCACAAUCAAUUCCUAUCCCAACAACAGCAAUCACAUUUCAAACAGGAGCAACAGGAACAACAAAGAGGCCAAGAACAACAAGAACAACAACAAGUACCGCAGCCGCAUCCAUUUAAUAAACCUCCAAUGCCUACCUUGCCUAUACAUAACUUGAAUAGACAACAUAGCCUUUCAGUACAGCAAGAUAUACAGUCACUUUCAUAUAACAAAUUUUUGGAAUCUCCAAAUUUUGAUGCUUUUCUAAAUUCAACACCUUAUCCGGGAAAUAAUCACUCUCAAUCAAUUCCUGCAACUUCAAUUUCUUCGUUUUUGAACAAAAACUAUAAUAUCCCCCCUCAAUACUUAACUACGGAAUUUUUGUCAUUGUCCCCUCAUUUGAGUACACCAUUGGCGAGCAAAUCAAUUGACUUAUUUGAUACUCCCUAUUUGAACAAUAUACAUGCAAACUUUGUUAAUACAACAUCAAUUGAUGAGGAAAAUAAUACAACAAAUAUCUUCAAUACUUUGACUAAUGUUAAUGAUUUAUCCUCAAAUGAAACCCCAUUAAUAGAAAAAUUGGAAAAGGUAUUGAAAACUCCCAAUUUUCAAGAUCGUAAUCACAACAAAAAGCUGUUUAACUCUCUUAUAUUAGAAACUGCUCGAGAAUCACCAACAAAUGAUAAAAGGACAGUCAAGCAACAAAAAAUACAACAAAGACAACCACAGCAAGGAAAACAGCCAGUAGUUUCAAAUAAAAGCUUUAAUUCUAGGAUCAUAGACAUAUCAAACAAAUCGCACAACUUGAACGAUUCAGAGCAAUCGAGAAAAUAUCAGGACAUUUUACAGAUACCCCAUUCAAAUCAAACUUAUUUCUCAAACAUUACAUCGACGCCAAGUAAAAUGAUGAAUGUCAUAAAUACCGUCACAGCUCCCGCUCCAGCUGCCGCAACAUCUCUCCCCCCUUCUAAAGGUACCAUUAACCCAAACACACAUUCAGAUUACAGUUCUCAAUUGAAUACAACCACUCCACUACGCCCGAAGAAAUCUAAGCAAACAAAUAACACCAAGAAAAUAAAAUUCAAACAAAAUGAUAUAACAUCAAGAGCAGUUGACAAGAGCUUUGAUAACGACGACGACGAGGAGGAGGAUGAAGAGGAAAAUAGUGUGGUAAUUGAUUCAUCGCCUUCCACCAUUGUUAUAAAUUCGGCUUCUAAACCGAUAUCCACACUACAAGGUGCACCAAAUAGCAAGCUAUUAGAGGCCUCGCCGACACCGGUGAAUAAGUUCACACAAUGUCAAUCCGACCCUACUUGUCAUAAGAAACCGAGUGUGAACCUACCUGUUGGUCCCAAAAUGGGGCUCUUUGUUGAACCCAGCAAGAAAUCCAUAAGAAAAGUGAACACACAGCCAACUAUGACAAUGUCAAUUCCUCCCCCUAAAUACACAGCAAAUAAAAAUGGGUUUCACCGAAGUAUUAGUGCCAAUGACGCAUUGUUAUCCAAUACGAAAAUCAAGCCAAAGAAGAGAAACAGAAGCGAAAAGAAACUUCAAAUCAUUAUGGCCGAUCCAGACCAACUGAAGGGGAAUAAGAAAAGGAGAAUCACGAGAAGGUUAGACGAGAUACCUCUGCAACACCAUUUGUCUGUUUCCACGAAUGCACCGCUAAGCAAUUCGACAAACAUUGUCAACAACAGGAGUCCAAUACGUCAGACAUUUAAAAGCGCAAACAUACGUUUUUCUAAACCAACUAAAAAGGCCAACGAAAAUGUAUUCUGGGAGUCCUAG